CAGAUAUUUAUAUAAAUCUGCCACAUAUGCUGGUAAGUUGCGAAUUGGUUGUGGUUUUGUGUGCUGAAAAUGGGUGAAGAGCGCAGAGUAAAUCACCUGUGGAACUGUGCCAAGGAGCUGAGCGCAGAAACACACGCCGAACGAUUGCUUAAAUCGUACUACAUUAAUACGAGUCGCAAGGUUGCCCGCCACAACAUACAAUUGCCAGAAGAGAGUAUCGGACCGGCUCGCAUGUGUGUGCGCUGUGGCAGCCAAUGGAGCGAUGGCCAGUACAAGUUGCAUCUGCAACCGCAGCGCUUAGCCAGUAAUGCCAAACGGCGCAGGUUGAUUGCCCAGCUGGAGGCGGUCAAGGCCAAACAGCAACGCGGAGUGCUCAGCACCGGUGCCAGAAAACGAGCCAAAUGGCUAAAGAAGUGCAUGGCCAGCAAUGUGGCUGUGCAGUGCGACCUGUGCGAGCAUAAAACAAUGUUGCCGCUGGAAAAGCCAAAGAAGCGCGCCAAAGCUAAAACAAUGCAAGCAACAACAACAACAACAACAGUGAAGAACAAACAGCAUACAAAUAAAGAUAUCAAUGCGGGGCCAAAGCUAAAAAUGCCAAUACAGCAAAACCAAACAAAAGCGCCAAAAACAGCAACAACAUCAACAACAACCUCGCAAAGCAACAAACAAAAGAAGAAGAAGAAGCAGCAGCAAACGAAAGCAACGCCAACGCCCGUGCAAAAAGUGCAAUCGAAGACACAAAAACAAAACGCGCUGCUGCAGUUGGCAGCGCAGUUAAAAACGCACGCGUCACAAAACGCCAGUAAAACGCAGCAAAAUCGUUUGCAAGCGUUUCUUAAAUAAAACUUUUGAAUUAAGUACAAAAAUCUAUUUGAUUGAUUAACUAGAGCUAAUAAUUAGGUGUUACGUCAACCAAGUUAGUUAGCUAAAUAAAAAAAAAAUGACGCGUUUAAA